CAAAUGACAAUGUCAAAAAGAUCGUCUUGUGUGGUCUUGUGUAAAUAACACAAUCGCGAUUAUUUUUUAUUUCAAUGUGGAAUUAAAAUACAAUUAUUGACACGUUGAGUCGACGGAAUAAAUUAAAUAUUCUGGUGCACCAUUUGCUGACUUAUCUUGCACUAGUUACAUAAAAGACAAUUUGAUGCUGAACCUUAGAAAGAACCAUCUGGUUCCUUGCUGAAUAUAUCAAAAUGAAUACCCCUACAUCGAAAGAAAACAUGGGGCACACCCCCAAUUUGAAAACACAUAGUGUACGCAGCGAUUGUGUUAGCGUGCAGUCCACUCAGAGUUCUACAGCUGAUAAGCAACGUAUAAAUGGGGAGGUUGCUUUGACACCCACUCACAGUUCUUUCGCACUUCAAGGAACAAACCCUCAUAGUUCUAUGACUGCUAUUACACCUAUGGCUAGUGGGUCGAGUCAAGCUAAAAAUAGUGUUAAAUUGCAGAAUUGUGUCUCAACAGUAAAUCUCGGUUGUGAAUUGAAAUUGCUUGACAUUUACAGUAGAACAAGAUUUUCAGAAUACAAUCCACAGAGGUUUCAGGGUGUUGUUAUGAGGAUUCUUGAACCUCGAGUAACAGCUUUAGUUUUUAGGUCAGGCAAAAUUGUAUGUACAGGAGCAAGAAAUGAACAUGAUUCUUAUGUAGCGGCCAGGAAAAUUGCUAGAAUUAUUCAAAAGCUUGGAUUUAGUGCAAAGUUCUUAGAUUUCAAAAUACAAAAUUUCAUUGCAACAGCUGAUUUGCGGUUCCCAGUAAGAUUAGAGGCACUACAACAAGCACAUGGACAGUUUUCUUCAUACGAACCUGAGUUAUUUCCGGGCCUAGUUUAUAGAAUGGUUCGACCACGAGUGGUACUGUUAAUAUUUGUCAAUGGAAAAAUUGUAUUAACAGGAGGCAAGACUAGAAAUGAAAUUUAUGAAGCCCUAGACAUAAUUUACCCAAUAUUACGAAGCUAUAGAAAGAGUUAACAGUCAAGCAAUCACCUGUAUUCAAUUAAGUACCUAUUAUUCUUAAAAAAUAAUUAAUUAAACAGUGCUGUACCAUUAUUCGAAGCCUUUAUAAAGAGAGAUAGUGUCUGUUGUUUCCAGUUUGAGUACUAGUUUUGACGUAAACUUUGUAAGUAGGAACUUGUAAAUAAAUAAUUAGGUAAUUGUGAAUAAUAAGGUGAUUUUAUUUCAUACAUAAUAAAAUUUAUGGUAACAAUGUUAUAACUUAUGAUAUAAAUUAAUCAAAACCAUUAUUUAUUUUUUUGACAGAAAAUCUGAAAUCAACUGAAGUGUAAAAUAAUGAAAGGCUUAAUUGGCUUAUACCCAGAGCAUCAGAUUAAAAAAAUUACACCCACUAGGUUUAUUCCAAUUGUGCCCUGUAGAACGUGCGAGACAAAAUUGGUUUAUUCCAAUUUGUACUGCAAAAUCAAAUUUACUAAAAACUUAGUGUGCUUUUCUUUAUAUGAGUCUCGUUUAUCUAAAAUAAUAACAAAAUAAAUAAUAUUAUAAUAACUAUUAAACACUGUAAGGCCCGGUACCAAUCAGCUUUAAUUAUUUCUAAUUCUCCGCGAUCGAUAAAGAUCCGCGGAAAUUGAUCGAGUGGAGAAGAGAUGUCGAGCGGACGGAUUUUUCUAUAGAAUUUGACAGCGGCGGCGGAACGGAGCGGGGCCUGUGCGGAAGUGUUGUUUUCUUAUCAUAUAGCAAUAGACUGCUAUUACCGGCACAGCCAACUUUUCUCGUCUUCGUUCCGCUCCGCCUUGGUGGAAACCGGGCCUAAGACUACGAGUCAGAAGUAGAUUCCCAAGUUACAAAAUUGAGUUAAAGCUUUGUUUGUGUAAAAUAGAUAAAGUUUUUGUUUCGCUUGAUUUGGUUAGAACACAGGUUUGAUUGGAUAAUUAAUCUGGAGGCUCUAGUCUCGAGUCUUAGGAUUGUGUACUCUGUUGUGUAGAAGAAAUACCUACUUAAAUAUUGAAUGUCAUGUGUAGCAAAUGUUUUAAUUGAUUCUGUAGAUGCAGUGUAUUUGUAAUUAUUUAUUAUGUAUGUAAUAUAUAAUAAUCUAGUAAAUAGUAAUAAAAAACGAUAUUUGGUAAAUACUUUUAUUGGAAUGUCACUAUAAUAAAUGUACAAAACUUAUUGUGAUAUAAGUAAUUAAAAAAAACCGUCAAAAAUUACAUUUACUUAUAUUCAAAACAGUGGCGUAACAAAUACGUAGAUGUACAAUAUUCAUUUCGUAAUAAUACCACUCUGUGUCAUACAUACCGUAAUAAUAGGAUGAUAAUGUUUCAUGGGUAUUAAUAACUUAUUAAACCAUGUCAUAUUUAGCAGACAGCUGAAAUAAUUACCUUUCGGUGAUAAGCCCUUUUUGUUAAGCCACUGCUUAAAACUGUGCCGAGUAAUUAAUUAAUUAACUUUGGUUAUCAAUAAAAUGAACUUAUUAAUACGCUCUCUUUAACGCCCAUUUUCUAAAUGCUUAUGUAGAAAAACCCGUGCUAACUUCGUGUCACAUAUUGCGAUUGAUUCAUUUAAAUAUACAACAACAAUUUGUAUAAGGAAAAUGCAACAAAUAACACGAAACUACACUGUUACACAAUCUGAUAAGGUUUCAGAAACCACAUCCAUAAGACUUGGUCUAAAUUUUGGGUAGAAUACAUUCAUGAUAUUUUAUAAUAAUAAUAUUACAAUAACCAAAGACAUUAUUACAAAACUCAUGAAAUACCUAGGUUUAAACACUGACUAAAGAGUAGAGAAAUUAUAGGCAACAGCCAAAAAAGCAUAAUUAGUAAUUUAAAUCCAAAUCAUAGGCUUUAAAUUUAGACAUUGUUUAAAUCAUGUAACUUAUUUUUAAUUACAGCAGAAAUUGACAUUUUGUUUUUUCAUCAUAAUGGUCGAAUAACGCAAAUAUUCUUGCAAAUACUUACAAAAAUUGACAUCUUCACACUAAAACCUUCAGAAUAUCAUGAUGAUAUUUCAUUCCAAUACGAUAUAAUAUCUCGCUUGAAUAUUUUAUGUCAUAAAUCCUUGACGUGAGCUUCGUAACAAUAAGUAGUUUGAAAUUUUGGUAAUUUACGUGUUUAUUAUACCUAAGUUUAAAGUAUAAUUUAAUUUUAUUAAUGUUGCGGAAUUAAAUUUCAUUCAAUCAUCAAAUAAAUAUCAUUUUUGUAACGUUACGUCGCGUCGUCUUUUAUUGUAAAUUAAAUUCCUAAAUAAACUAAUAAUUAAUUCAAAAUUACUGGUGGGAGAGCUUAUAAAAAUAAUCUCUGUACUUAAAUAAAUACUAAGGUGUGUUUUUAGAAAAAUAAAAGGUUAUGGAUGUAAUUUAAUUAUACUACAAAGUAAUAACCAGAGUAUUUAGUUCAAGAAUUUAAGACAGGAAUGAAGGUAAUUAUUUGUUAUGUUUGCUCAUUGUUAUAGAGAUUACAGAUACAAUAAAAUUCACAAAAAAUAAAACAGAAGAUGUUAGUAUAAGUCUUAUGUAAAUUCCUCGUAUUAAAGAACAAAAAUCCCAUUAUUAUACUUCCCUUAAAAUUACAUCUACAACAACCUAUACUAAUAAAGCUUUCAUUUGAAGAUGAAUCUAAUACGAGACUCGUACGAAAAGUUGGUUUGUCUAAAAUAUAAUUUGCAUUU